UCGGCGGGCGCUCGGGACCGGUGCGAGCCGCACGGUUAGCCGCCGGGACAGGGAAGCGCUUUCGGGCUGUGCUGACAGCGGCCCUGCGCCACCCCGACUGCGAAGUCUGCUGCCGACUCCGAGACGGCUCCCGUGGGUGGCACUUCCGAAGGCCCGAGGGGUCCCCGUCGGGGUGCUGAGCAGUAAGGAAGGGGGGGGCGGAUUAGCGUCAUCACACGGGGGACACGCCUCUUGCUCGCAGCCCCGCCUCCCCGGCCGCUCGUCUCCGCUCCCGCAUCACGGGGAGUCGGCGCCUCGCUUUCUGAAUUAGGCGAGAACGCCCCCGCACACCGCUCGCCCAGGGGCCGCCUGCGGGGGCACGGGCCUGGGGACGCGCCGGUCCUGCGGGCGGAGCCAGGACUCAACCUCCUGCCGGUGCCCCCGGGCACGUCUGCCUCAGUUCCCCGCGCUGAGAAAUGGGCGUAACAAGGCCCCGCUUCCCCGGAGGAUCGGAUGAGGUCACUUCUGAACCGCGGGCUAUUACGUAAAGGCGUUGCGGGGGGACCGGCCGAGAGAAGCCCCCAGAGGCCGCCCGGCGGGGAGCCCAGCCUCGGACGUGGCAAGCGGGCCGCCGGGGCGGGGCCGUGCCAGUUACCAGGGCCACGUGCCAGUUACCAGGGCCACGCGCGCGCUCGGCUCCCGGCUCCGCAGAGCGAUCCGCCACCCCCUCCCCCUUCCCCGGGGAGCUUCUAUCCCCGCCUUCUUCUCCCACCUAUCAGGCUUCCCGCGCUCGGCCCGUCCCCGCCUCUGAUUGGCCGGCGGGCGCGGAGGAGGCGGGCCCCCGACGCGGCUAGCGGUGUCGGCAGCGUCGCUAGCUCAGUGUCUCCGGGUCUCCGCCUGGGGCGGGUUGGAGGGUGUGAAGGGCCAGGCCGGGGCGCGAAGAUGCCCCAGGACGGUGUCGCCGGCGGCGCGCCUGGGCACGGGCAGGGAGCCCUGGCAGCCGCCGCCGCCGCCGCCGCCUCUGCCGCCGGAGUGGUCGGGCUCGGCGGCGGGGCGCUCCUGCCGAGCCCCGCGUUGGUGGCCUCCGUAGCUGCGCCCGUCCCGGACCCGCUAAGGCGCUUUGUGUUAUUCUUGGAAAAUUUCGCACCACUUGUGAAUUCCUUGAACCUGGGCAUUGCAAACCCACUUCUGUUGGGCCCAUCUCCUUUGCAGUUUGCUCAGAUUAAGACACAGUUGGCUCUACAACAGCUGAAUGCAGUUGCUUCACAUGGUUCAGCAUCACCUUAUUCUUUAUUAAAUCAAUCAUUCUUGAAAAUAGCCAUGUCGAGACCAAGGUUUACUCCUCGAGGACACUUUCCAGGUCAAAGGCCACAAGCACCUAACCCUUCUGGGAUGAAGCCUCAUGGAGGAUAUAUGAGAACUGAAACAAUGGGUAUACCAAGAUUACACCCAUCGGGAAGACCCCAUGGAAUUGCACAAAGAUUUGGAGGCCAUGAGUCUUACCAGAGCAUGGGCCCCCAUAGGACAAAUGUUCAGAUGAUGCAACACCGAACUGACCCAAGAUUGGCCAAAGAAAAAAUGGAUUUUCAUGAAGCUCAGCAAAAGAAGGGAAAACCUCACGUUGGUCAGUGGGAUGAUAGUCCUCGUCCAUCUGGAACAACAGGACUGAAACGUGGUUCUGCAACACACAUUACAGACCAGAAUCCUAAAGUACAUAGUCGCUAUACAAAGGAAAGCGCAUCAAGUAUUUUAGCAAGUUUUGGAUUAUCCAAUGAAGACCUAGAGGAACUCAGUCGAUAUCCAGAUGAACAAUUAACUCCAGAAAACAUGCCAUUGAUACUAAGGGAUAUAAGAAUGCGUAAAAUGGGGCGCUGGUUACCUAAUUUACCUUCCCAGAGAAGUGGUAAAGAAACCCUUGGUGGUGAGACAGUUUCAAGUAAUGUGAUUGAUUAUGGACAUGCCAGUAAAUAUGGUUAUACAGAAGAUCCAUUGGAAGUACGAAUUUAUGACCCUGAAGAACCGACUGAAGAAAAUAAGAAUGAAUUUCAGUCCCAGCAGAAUAUUUCUGUCUCUGCUCCAAAUGUGAUAUGUAAUACAAUGUUUCCAGUUGAAGAUUUGAUCAGACAGAUGGGUUUCCAAAGUGAGUCCUCCAAUAAUCAGUCAUUUUUCCCAGUUGAUAGUACAAACAAGAUGUCAAAUUUAAGCAUGACAGGACAAUCAGUCCUUGAACCAGUGAACUCUGUGAGCCAAUCUAUUAGUCAAGCAAUGAGCCAGUCACUUAUUUCUUCAAUGAGCCAAUCUCUGAUACCACCUCCUAUGAGCCAGCAGUCCUUUUCAGCUGAGUUAAUUACACCUGUAAGCCAACAGGAGAGGAUUUCGCAUGAACCUGUGAUUAAUUCAUCUAACAUGCAUAUUGGGUCUGGAGGUGGGAAAAAAAAUUACUCAUCAGAACCUGAUGCUCCUAUUCAAUCUCCAUUUGGAAUUGUAAAAGCAUCUUGGCUGCCCAAGUUUUCACAGGCAGGUGCCCAGAAGAUGAAGAGACUUCCAACUCCUUCUAUGAUGAAUGAUUAUUAUGCUGCAUCUCCAAGAAUAUUUCCACAUAUGUGUUCUCUAUGUAACGUAGAGUGUAGUCAUUUGAAGAAUUGGAUUCAGCAUCAGAAUACACCUGCCCACAUUGAGAGCUGCCGGCAGUUACGUCAACAAUAUCCCGAUUGGAAUCCUGAGAUCCUGUCUUCCAGGAGAGAUGAGGGCAAUAGAAAAGAAAAUCAGACUCCAAGGAGACGUACUCACUCAUCUAGUGCUAGUCCCCGCCGGUCUAGGGCACCAAGCUUUGGUCACAAGUUACGGCGAUCUCGAUCUAGAAGCCCUGGACGUUACAUGCAAAACAGACCAAGAAGUCGAAGUCCAAGAUGUUCACAUCGUUUCAGUCCUCGACACCGGUCUCGGUCACCACAUAGGUCUAGAAAUCCCCUCCGGGGCAGUCCUAAACCCCCAAGAUCUGCUAGCUCUGAGUGGACAUCAAGGAGACGGCCCAGGUCACCAGAUAAAAGAAGCUCAUUGGAAGCUGUGGUACAGAGUCUAGGACAUGGUUUUCCUGCAGAGUUCAGUAAGCAGAAGCACUUUGAAGUAGGUGGGAAGGGAAGAUCCUCAAGUCAGAAGAUUCUGAGCAGCGGUUCAAAACCACUUUGUAAGAAUGCAGGCUCAGCCAAGAGUGAGCCCUCUUCAGCCAGUCACUCUGCUCGCCAUAAGGUCAAGAAUCCUGAAGACGCCUGCUCGUCACAGAUGCUGGAGGAAAGUGUUCCUCAAAGAAAGCUGUGGGAAGAUGAAUCCUUGCGUUGUGAUACAAUUAUUCAUGUAUCAGAGUUACCAACUGAUGGCUACACUGAGCAAGAUAUUAUAAAAAUAGUUCAACCAUUUGGAAAAGUUAGUGAUCUCUUGAUUGUUCCAUCUAGAAAUGAGGCCUACUUGGAAAUGAAGUUUAAAGAGGCUGUGGCCGCCGCUGUGAAGUACUGUGAAACAACCCCCGUGCAGGUGAAAGGGAAGCGGGUGAAGAUCAGCGCCGCGGGAAAAAAGAAAUUACCGAGCACUGUCCAGAACAAAGAUGGGAAAAAAAUAGUUUCAGAGACAAAGAAACCAUCGACUUCAAAAAAAGAUACAGAUGCUUCAAAGGCUGAAUCUGUAAUGGCACCUUCCACUGGAAAGUCAUCAGUUAAAAAGUCUAUGAUUUCCGCAAGUGCUAAAAGUAAUAAAACUUCUAACAAAUCAGCAAAGCCUAGUGGAAAGAAGACAGUAGAAAGCAAAAAACCUAUAGAUCCCCAAAUUAAAGACUCUAAUAAGACUGUGACAGUGCCAGAAAAACUUAUACCAUUAUUGACUGAAUCAGAUCAACCUACCAAGACUUUAAUUGACAAAGAAAACAUUGAAAUAAGAAGCAUUUCAGAAACCAAGAGCAUUCCUGAAAGCAAAGCCGUUGAAGGUACUGCUAAAGAAAAUGCUUCAGGGAUCACUGAAAAUGAGGAUUCAGUUAGCAAGGAAACUGAAGAAAUGUGCAUUGUCCUUAUUUCAAAUUUGCCAAAUAAAGGAUAUUCUACAGAAGAAGUUUCCAAUCUGGCAAAACCAUUUGGUGGUUUCAAGGAUAUUUUAAUUUUAUCAUCUCAUAAAAAGGCGUACAUGGAAAUAAAUAGAAAAUCUGCAGACUCUAUGGUAAAAUUUUAUACCUGCUUCCCGAUGUCAAUGGAUGGAAAUCAACUUUUGAUAAAUAUGGCUCCUGAAAAUAUUAAUCUAAAGGAUGAGGAAGCUAUAUUUACAUCUUUGAUUAAAGAAUCUUCCCCUGAGGCCAAUCUAGAUACAAUUCACAGUCAUUUUGUACAUCUUGGCAACUUACCGGAGGAUGGAUACACUGAACAUGAGGUAGUUUGUGUUGGACUUCAAUUUGGAAAAGUGGAUCGCUAUGUGUUCAUAAAUAAUAGAAACAAGGUAAUUCUUCAGUUAGAUAGUCCUGAAUCUGCUCAGAAAAUGCACAGCUUCUUAAAGCAAAAUCCUUUUAACCUGGGUGAAAAUAUGUUGACCUGUACGUUGUCUCUGAAGACAGAGCCACCUGAGGUCGAAACUGAGAGAGAUCCAGAACCAGGAAAAGAGAGCCCUGACUUGAAAAACAAUCCAGUUGAUGAAAGUGAGGUGCAAACAGCAGCUGAUAGUUCCUCAUUUAAGCCUAGUGAAAUCAAGGAAGAGACCAUCCCAAAUUCCACCUUCCAAACAGAGCCUUCCACAUUGCAGGAAGAAACUUCCAAGGGAGAAAUUCAGAGAGGAGCAGUGUGUGAUUAUGACUUGGCUCCUGGCAAGGUGGAGGUGGAAAAACAGGUGGAGGAGACAGAGUUGAAGAAUCCUGAUGGCACCUCGGCCCUGGCCUACACAGAAGUAGCACAAGACAGCACAGAGAAUUCCAUUUUCACUCCGCAGGACAAUGUGGUUGAUCUGGAGAAGGAAGCUGAUCUAUCAUCAGGUCCCUCUGGUGGGGCAGGUAGAGAAGAAAGGGACAAUAAGCAAAAAGUAGAAGAGUUCUUCCCCGAGACCGAAGAUGCCCACAGCGUGGAGAAGGCUGGAAAUGCUCUUUCAGGGUCUGUUGGAGUGGCAGCAGGAGACAUGGAACUGCUUGAAACUGCUUCAGAGGUGGUCUCUCCUAUUUCUCCCAUGGUCACAAUCCAGGGAGUUUACACUGGGAAUGAGAAGUUGACAGUAAGCAAAGAGGGAAUCUAUGAUAAAAACACCCUGGAGGAGGACAAGGUGAUUGAAUUUAAGGACAUUAAAACUGAGCCAAAAGCUGCGCUGGAAAUAGGACUAGAGAAGGAGCCUGACAGAAACACGGCCGAGGAUGCAUUGGGUGUGGAGAAGCCUGAAAGGAUUGUCAUAGUGACAAGGGAGAAAAUGGCGGAGAAUACUGUGAUCAGGGAACAUGUGAAUAAAGGAGUGAGCCAAGCUAGUAAGCCUGACGAAACGAGUAAAACCAGUGUUCAGGUGGUGUCAAAUGCCUCCUGCAGCAAGCUGAGCUCCAGGCCCGGGGCUUCCACCCCAAACACACUUAAGACAAAGGUGACCGGUCAGAAAAGUGAAGUAAAAACAGAAGAUCAGAGGACUUGCUCAAAGCUUCUUCCCAAGAGCCAAGCAAGCAUGGAUAAGAAGCUCAUGGCCAAAGACAUGGGCUCUCUUAGACCUGCCAUUGCCAGGUCCUCCCUGGGUGAAAGCAGCAAAUCUAAAGCUUCCCCCAGCGGCGUAGCCAGAGGAGGCAGUGGGCGGACCUCAGUUCCACAAGACAAGGAUUACAGGGCUCUAGCAAAACAGUCUCAAGAAACAGAGACUAGACCUUCCGCCAUGAAACGGGAUGACAGCGGCAAUAAGACUUCUGCUGGGCAGAACACUAAGAACCCUAAAGGCAGCUCUGGUAAAACUGCCAAACCUAGAGAGGAAGAAGAGCUUUUCCCGUUUAAUUUGGAUGAGUUUGUUACCGUGGAUGAAGUUAUAGAAGAGGUGGAUCCUUCUCAAGUCAAGCAAAAUACACCAAAAGGCAAAAAGAAAGAACUUGCCAAGAAUCCUCCUUCCUCUGAAAUUAACUUAAAAAGAAGGAAGGGGAAAAGCUCAGUGUCCUGUGUUGCGGAGAAUGAGUUAUCUUUUGUGACCUUGGAUGAGAUUGGUGAAGAAGAAGAUGCAGCUGCUCACCUGACCAUAGAGUCUAACUUGGAAACUAAAGCUCUGGUCACUGUGGAUGAAGUUAAUGAUGAAGAGGAGCUAAAUGUGGAAGAAAUGGUGAAAAAUGCAAAUUCCCUUCUUACUUUAGAUGAGAUAAUUGAGCAAGAUGAUUGCACUUCCCAUGGGGAACCUAAAGAUGUCACUAUUUUGUCAGUAGAUGAAGAACGGGAUCUUUUGAAGAGAGAACCUCUAGUAACUGUGGAUGAAAUUGGGGAAGUAGAAGAGCUACCUUUAAAUGAAUCGGCGGACAUAAAUUUUGCUCCUAUAAAUCCUAAGGAAGAAGAAACUGCUGUAAGGGAGUCCAUUGGCUUUAUUUCUUCUCAGGUCCCUGAAGACCCAACUACUUUAGUCACAGUAGAUGAAAUACAGGAUGACAGCAGUGAUGUUCAUUUAGUGACUUUAGAUGAAGUGACAGAAGAAGAUGAAGAGUCUUUGGCAGACUUUAACAACCUUAAAGAGGAACUGAAUUUUGUUACUGUGGAUGAAGUUGGGGAAGAGGAAGAGGGAGAGAAUGACUUAAAAAUUGAGACAACUAGGAAAGAUGUUUGCCUUAUGGCUAAAACAGGAGGCAUCAAGAAGAAAACUAUAGUUACCAAACAGGAGAAGCCUAAAGCUUUGCAUCAAAUAGGCCAGAUUAGUGAGGAGAUUAUAGAAAAAGACCCCAAAACUAUGACUGAACGGCAUUUAGCAGAGCAAAGCGUGUCCCAUGUUGCUUCACCUCAAGAAAAGGGGAUAAAGCCAGAGACCAAGCAAGAACACACAGCCAAAACUUCAGCUAAAAGGAGUCGAAGCAAGAAAAUGCCGUCCUCUGAGACAUCUGAUACCUCAGAACAGCCCAAACUGGAAGAAGCCUUGAAUACAGUUGAAGAAUCUGGAUCGGAAGAUGCAGAACCUGAGAAAAAGAGAAAGAAAGAUGAAGAGUCUUCAUUAGAUUUAGAUUUUCUUAUACCGAAGGCCGGUUUCUUCUGUCCUAUUUGUUCCCUCUUCUAUUCCGAUCAGAAAACAAUGGCAAAUCAUUGCAAGAGUGCGCGCCACAAGCAGAAUACAGAGAAAUUCAUGGCCAGGCAAAAAGAAAAAGAACGGAAAGAGGCGGAAGAGAAAAGCUCCAGGUGAUCAGGAGAAGAAUUCAUUAAGAAUUCAUUUAGGGUCCAGUUGAUUUUAUGUAUUUUGUUAUCACUUAAUUUGUAACUUUGUUUCAGAAGCAGAUAUUCAUGUUGUACAAAUUUCUGAUUGCACUUGAUGUAGAAAGGACUGUUGGGGGUGGGGGGCGGUGUGGGAGGGGGAGUAUGAUGGGUUUGAUUUUUAUAUCAAAUCAUCUGGCCUGGAGAAACAUCUUUUACAUACAAGUGUUGAAAUAAAUGUUGCUACUGUAUAUUUAACAGCACCUACUUGUGUUUGUUGUUUAUUGCUAAGGAUCUUUCUGUGAUUGCUGUGUCUUAAAGAAUUUUCUUGACUGACAAUCUUGUGAGUCAUCGUGGUAACAUUUAGUGUCCUGUUUUCAGAAAAUGACUGUACUUUAUCCAUUUCGGACCUGUGGUGUCAAAUUUCUUCAUGGGUUAGACUAAUUGGUCUAUUAGGGUAAUAAUCACCUGAGUAUCUGUCCUAACUUGGUAUGUGACAUUGUCCACCUCUAGUAGUUUCACUUGUUUUUUAGUAUCAUGGUGUUUAGUUUGGGUACGAGGUGACUGUUUAUUUUCUGCAUUGAAUCUUAACUGGUAACCCUUGGACAGCCCAGAAUUUUUGAGACCUACAUUUUAAGUAGUUCUCUCAAAAUGAGUAUUGCUUUUGUUAAAACUUUUUUUUUUUUUUUUUUUUUUUUUUUUGUCAAGUCAACUCAGAUUUUUCUCAUCUGGGAAUAUCUGUCAUAUUUUGCCAAGGCCCAGUUAUAUGACACAUAAACUAGCCAGUCAGUGUUUGUUAUCAGUUGGGAGGAUAAAGGGAGACAGCUUAUUACCAGCCUACUUACAAUGUUAGUUUUGAUGGGUAUCAAAGUGAUCAUACUUGCUAAAUAUGAAGUUAUAAAAAUAUAGUAAUGGCACAUUUAUCAAACAGGGAAUAAGCUGUUCACAUCAAUUAAUUUCCCUGAUUUAAAUGUCCUUUUUUAUUUUUUUAAAAAAAAAUAUGGGAGUAGUUAUUUGUAAAAUGUAUUCCAUAUUUUCCUGACUUAGAGUGUAUUGAGCUCAAUUUAGUCUUUUCCUGAUUACUUAGGUUUUCAGGAUAAGCAUAAAUUAUUCUGUUCUUGAAAAUAAUGUUUAUACUUAUAUUGUAAAGUUGAUGAGACCUUGGAAGUGAUUUUAUUGCAUUUUUACAUUUUACUUUGAAGUGUGAUUGUUUAUUUGAGUUGGGAAACUAGUUGCAGAAUGUUCAUUGGCUUAGCCAGAGUCAUCUCUUUAACUAGAAUAUAAACUUUUAGAGCAAUGAGUGUAUCUUAUUUGUGUCUCUCACUUUGUAAUGCAUUGCAGAUAACAGUAACCUUUGCCCCAGAAUGAGUAACCAUCAGAGAUGGUAACUUCAGAAAACAUUUAGUGAAUGCUCUCUCUGCCCUCAGUACUUUACAGAUCCUAUGGAAAGAUGUCUAUCAAAUUAAUUUAGGUCACCUAGGUUAUUAAGUAUAAGAGUAGAUAAGAUGGUACAGAUAGAAUAAAGUUAAAGGAUAGGUAGGAGAAGGCUUACAGCUAAUUAAGGGAUGCUUGAGUAUAGAAGGGAAUAGGUGCCAAGCAUUUAUUAAGCACCCACUAUGUGUAAAGCACUAGUUAGUAUUAAAGGGAAUUGAAAAAGACUGAUAGAAGGUAGUAUUUUAAUUGGGAAGCCAAGAUAGUAUAGAUGAGGAUAAGAAUUUCAAGCAUGGGGACAGCUGGUGAAAAUGCCUGGAGUUAGGAGGUGAAGUGUGUUGUGAAAAGAAGUGCAAGACAGUCAUUGCUGCUAGAUCACAGAGUAAGAUUUAAUUAUAGAAAAGAAGGAAAAGAAUUGGUGAGUUUAGUUUUGAAUGAAGUGGGAAGGACCUGGAAGAUAAUGUCAUGAGUGAAAAUACAAGCAGGGAGAUGAGCCUGUCUAGGUCAGAGGUACCCCAUUUUUGGAUUUUUUUUUUCUGAACUUAACACUUUAGACUGAACAUUUCCACAUAAAGGAGAGCAGAAAAUGAAGCUUGUACUUGAAACCACAAAUUUAUUACCACUUGUUUUUCCUUUAAGUGUAUAAUAAAUUCAACCUGUAACUUU